UCUUUAGAAAAUAGUCUCUCAACUUUAUCUUUUCUUUUUAAGCCCUUUUCUUUUAUUAAUUCAUUUUCUAAACCAUCAUAAUAAAAAAGAUAUUGAUGAUAGUGAAUGGGGUGUCGCUUCAAAGAUAAGAGACACUUAGUACAACCCACACUCACUUCUCACUAACUUCCUCUCUCUCUCUAUCUUUUUCUUUCUGCUCAUUUUCUUGUUCUUUCAUCAUUCUCUUCGAGAAAAACGUUUCUUGUUUCUUGAUUCUUGAAUCUUGUUGAACAUUGAAGAACGUUUCAUUUCUUGAGUUCUAAAUUAGUUUCAUAUUGAUUGUUCCAAGAAUGGAAACAAUCAACAAGAUAACUCUUUCUUUAUUGGCAUUCCUCGUUGUACUGCCCUUCACCAGUCCUUCCCCUGUACCUAAAUCAAGAAUGUUGUAUCAGAUCGCAUGCACAAUGUGUUCAACAUGUUGUAACCCAGUUCCAUCUCCACCUCCUCCACCGCCAUCGCCCCCACCGCCUGCCUCCACCAACAAUUGUCCGCCACCACCAUCUCCUCCAAGCCCAUCAGGCUCCUACUACUACUCUCCACCUCCACCUGCCACUUACACCUACUCUUCUCCACCACCACCACAGGGUGGCAAUGGUGGUGGUUCUUAUUAUUACUAUCCACCCCCAGCAGAUUAUAAAAAUUACCCUGCACCACCACCUCCUAACCCAAUUGUGCCUUACUUUCCUUUCUAUUAUUAUAGCCCACCUCCUCCUUCCAUGUCUGCUUCUUUAAAGCUGACGAGUUCUUUUAGUUACAGUACUAGUGUUGCUGUUGUAAUGAUGGUUUUACUUUCUUUGUUAUUUUGAUGGGAAAUGAUAAAGAAAGUAAAGAAACUUAGAAUAAUGUGGCAGAUCUCUGGUAACAUGCAGCUUGAGGUUGAAAGAGAGAUUCUUGAAACAAAGAUUAAAAAAGAAAAAACAAGAAUCGAGAAAUCAGCAUAUUCACGAUAAUGCCCUUCUUUGACAGAGCUUGAAGCUGAAGAGAAACCAGAGCGAUGAAAAUUGUCAAGUAACUUGAUCAGUCUGAUUUCUCUCUUUUUUCUCCACCUUGCUGUAGAGUGAGUGAUCUGUAAUUUGUUAGACAAAUUGUACCUAUCUCUGUUUCUAUUUUUCUUAUUAAUUAAAAUAAUUAAUUAAUUA